AUGGAAGCGGAGUAUAUGGCGUUAUCUCACGCAUGUACUCAAGCUAUGUGGCUCCGUCAAUUUUUUGAGGAAUUACAAUACGUUGCUGACACACCAACAUUAAUUGUUUCAGACAACCUCGCUGCGCUUGCUCUGUCCAAAGAAUUGCAAUUCCAUGGACAAUCAAAACACAUCAACAUCCAACACCACUUCAUGCAAGAUCUCAUAGAGAAACGCAAGGUAGCUACACUCCAUCAAUCCUUUGCUGAACGCCUCAACACCAUAUACAAAACAGAGGCACAAGAACAUAGGAAUUUAAUUGCAAAUCUUGAAGCACAUAAUCGCAACCUUGCUCUAACUAUUGAAGAGCAAGAAAGGCUUAUUGAGGAAAAAGACAGGCUAUUAGUAGAGAAGGAAAUUGAGCUUGACAAUCUACACACAUCUAUCCAGGACGCUACCCAAGAUGGAAGGGGGCGAAUUCACUACUAUUGGGACUAUGAGUUCUUUGCCGUAUUGCACAACAACGCCUGGCUUGGGCGGGCGGCAACAUCCAUUCAGGCUGUGCAAGAUCAGCUUCUUCAUCAAUCCUCCUCUCGCUCCACAGUUCCACCCCCACCUUCUGGCACUGCCACCACUAUCAAUCCCCCACCUGCCCCUACGUCCUCUAACUCCGAUUUGAAAUUUGCCAAGCCAAACAAGUUUAGCGGCAAGAAAGAAGACGCCCUCAAUUUCAUUAUUGCCUGUCAGGCCUAUAUAAGGGCAAAAGGAGCCAAUAGAUCUCACAAGGAAAAAAUCUUGUGGGUAACAUCGUAUUUUGAAGGUGCAGCAGAAGAUUGGGUUCGCCCAUAUAAGGAAAGGAAGGUAUUUAGGGGAGAGGCGGUUCCACUCUUGGAAAAUAUUGAUGUGUUCUGGGCCAAAUUUACUAAGCAUUACAUGGACACAAACCGUGAUGAGAAGUACCGUCAAAAAUGGAAUAACUUGCGGCAGAAGGCUUCGGUCCAAGAAUACACUUGGGAAUUCCAACAAUAUUCUGUGUCCCUGGGUUAUAGUGAUGAAACCUUGCGCAAUAAGUACUAUGACGGCCUUAAAAACAAAAUCAAAGAUAUUAUGCUGUCAACUAUGUUCCAAUGGCGACGUGCUACAGCCCAACAGGUUUACAAUAAGGCAGAGGAAAUUGCUAACCAUAUCAAAUCUACACGCCUAUCCAACCCCUCUGUCUCCACUGUUUGUACCACUUCUACUGCUAUCCCCACUUCCACUUCCAACCCCACUUCCACUCGUACUCGUCUCAAUGUUGGGGAUAAUGUGUAUAUGAUUGACCCAACCACUUGUUGCGCCAAGAAAGGCGCUAUCACUUCAAUUGUUCGCACCACCUCUGGCAAUAUGCCAAAUGUUAGGUGGAACGGAGAAUCAAAAGACACUAUGAUUCCAUUCCCCUCUCUUAAAAAAGAUGAACGCCCUGCCGCCGCUGCCCCUGUUAAACCAAUCAUUGCUCCCACCCCUGUCCUGGCCUCGAAUUCUAAGGGCCCAGGUCCCAUGGACCUGGAUGGAAGAGGCUUUACAAAUCUUACAUGUCAUGUAUGCAGGGGAAAAGGUCAUUUUGCGUGCAAUUGUCCCUCCAAGCCCAUGUCUGGACAUGUGGCAAAUAUAGAAUGGUCUUGGGAAAGGCCCAAGCAAGAAAAUCGAAUUGAGGUUGUCUCUGAUGAGGAAGAGUUGGGAAAAGGGAAAGCCAAGGCCGAUUAA